ACGACAACAAUUGUUAGUAUAGAUCUGACUUUUGGAGCGUUAUAGUGCUCGCGAACACGCAUAGAAAACUAAAUUUUUCUAAAACGAAUAUAAACGAAAUAAAAGCUUUUUUGGUAUAUAAUUUUUAAAAUUUUUUUCGCUAGUGAGCUACAUUUAAAUAGCCAAAACGAAUUUGUUUAUAGAGUAAAACAAAAACAACAAAAUACAAAAAUAAAAAAAUUAAAAAAAAAACUAUAGCAAGAAGCAACAACAAACACAUUUGGUUAAAAAACAAAAAAGAACCCAGCAUUUUUUUUCAAUAUAAAUAAUGCAGUAUAGCAGCCGUUCUGAAAAUUAUUCUUCCUCUUUAAGAGAUUCGCCUUCAAAAUGGGGAAGUGGCAAGGAAAGCAAAGGCUAUGCCUACAAACAAGCUUCAUAUCAAUAUUCGACAUCGGGCACUAAUAACAAUUCCUACAGUGAUAAAUCGUCAGAUAAAAAUAUUGAUCAAUUAGAUGCUCUAUUGGAAGAUUUAAAAAAUGAACGUGAAAUCACCAGAGAUAGAGAUCAUUCUUUGAAUUAUAGAACUAUCGAACGAUCCACAAAUGAAGAUCCUUUGAGUGGUACAGUAACCAAAACAACGCGAGUCAUUAAAACCUCCAAAAAUGCCGUAGGAGGUUUGGAUGAUGUAGAAAUAUUGCCAUCACCCGACUACAGUACUUUAAGAUCAAAUAGUGGCUCUUUAAUGCGUAAUGAUUAUCAGACCUUGGAUAAAUCCUAUAGCUCAAGUAAUCUUUCGCCUGGUGGAGGAGGUUUCUAUGAAGCGAAGAAAACCAAAAUUUAUGAAAGUAAUCGUUCAUUGAACAAACCGGAACUUGUGCCAGUUGUAGGACCAACAACUGCCACACCAGCUGAUAUGCAGGAAGAUUUUAAAAAUAUCACCAUUAAUGAAGAUAUUCUACCAGUACCCGGUACUAAGGUCACUACAACAGUGCGCACCUAUACCUACGAAAUACCCGCAAAUGGCGUUAUAGCCCCACCAGCAGCUACCUCAAAUACUUUAAGCCGUAAAAACAUUGUCUACAAUACGGUGCAAACGAAUGAAACUAACAAUGUGGUACAACCACAUCCCGUACACGCCAUACCACAAACUGUAGUCUACAAUACGGAAAGUUAUUCCACCUUAAAUCGGGGCAUUGACAAGCCCAUUGUAAACAAUCAAUCGUACGAAGUACGUGAACACUAUGAAACGAAUACGUUGAGAAACAAUACGUUGCCUUUGCAGCCAAGAAAUCAACAACCGCAAUCACCACCAACUGAUACCACAAUUGUGUAUAAUAUUAAUAAUACAACAACUACUACCACAGAGCGUCCUGGUUAUCCUCACAGUCCAAACCUAAGUCCCAAACCUGUAGCUUACACCACGGGACCACACAGUCCUCAGUCACCACCUCACAGUGGUCCCACUACUCAUCGUUACUUUUACAAAGAAUCUACCAAUACCAUCAAUACUGUACAUGGUGGUCCCGGAGGUCCAGGAGGCAGCCCUGGCGGUCCCCCCAAUGAACCAUUGUUGAUGACACCUAAAAAUACUACACCCACAUCUACAAGACCCGUUGGAGGUUAUCCACCAGCUGGUGGUCCGGGUUAUCCACCAAAUGGUAAUCCACCACCAGGUGGUGUCACUUAUCACUACUCUUCGACCACAACUAAUACCAAUACAAAUCGUCGUGGUCCCGAUUAUGGAACACCAUCACCUCACUCCAUGCCCCCAGCACCUUUCCCCGUCGAUGGUGUUGAAUAUCCAGUUGGCAAUGGAAAUCCACCACAGCGUGUUGAAGAACUUAUGCAAUCGUUCGGCAAUUCUGAUGUUGUUGAUAGAAAAGAUUUGAAUACACCACGUAAACGUGAAAUUGAAACCGCCGUAGCAUCACCAAAUCAACAACAAAUUGUGCCAUCCAUUAAUAGAGCCGGUAGAGAUGUUUAUUAUCCACCCGGUCAUGAAAUGAUGUUAACUAAACGUGAAGAAAUGCAUGCUUCUGGCUCACAGGGAGGCGGUCGCUGGGCAAAGGGUUCGGGAAUGUAUGAAUAUGAAUCUGGUUAUAAAUCAAAGAGUAAAACUAAAACAAGUGGUGCCAUGGUACCCGUCUGCUUGCCACUUUGUUGUGCUAUGCCCUGUUCAAUUAUGUAAAGCCUCUGUCUGUCUUUAUAUUAUAAAAUAUAAGACUUUGGCUUAAAACUAACAAAUAAAUGAUUAUUUUAUUUUACAUUUUUUUUUUAAUUUUAGUCGGCCAAUAUAUAUUGUAUAUAUAAUAAUUGUUAUACUGCUAUUUUUGUUUUUAAUAAAUUAACAUUUAUUUUUAUAUGAAUGUUGACACACGUAAUGCUCCAUUUUAAAUGUUUUACUCUUUUGCUCAAAAUGUUAAUUUUUUCCUUAAUUUUUCCAAAAAUAAACUAACUUUUAAGUUUUAUAAAAAUUUAAAAAAACAUGUACUAAUUUUUUUUAUUAUUACCCAUUGUGUUAUAAUAAAAAUUGUUAAAAUUUUAUAUUUUAAAACAUUUCUGAUGUAUCGAAUAUUUAGCUUAAGUUUAAUUAAUAUACAGCUUGUGUUGUAAUUUCGAAUUUUUAAGUAAUAAUAUUUUAAAAAUUACCACUAUUUUAAUACAAAAACAAAUACACAAAAAAAUAAAUAUUGACUGUAACAAAUUAAUAUUGGGAAAAAAAAUUUAAUAAAAUCAAACGCCUCGGGCGCUUCUAACAAACCAA